AAAGUCAGGCACUAGAUAGGAAAAAGUUCUGGUGAAUUUCAGAAUACAAUUUACCCACCAACUUAUUGACUAGUGUAAACAAAACGGCAACACUGAAACACAAGAAAACUGUCCUUUGGAGGAUGAAUGGCACGGAGAACCAUAGUUGUUUUUUAAUCGUUUAUGAGGGAUAGCAACAGAAGGGAACACGUAAACUUCUGUUCUCACAAGCGCCGUUUCGGCAGCCGAGACCGCAGCUGGCUGCUGUUUCCUUAGGACCAGUGUGAGUGGGAGAAACUGUCUGGCCAUUCUUAUAGAUGUUAAUGUAUAAAAUGACAAUAGCAUGUGCAUAUGUUGUAACUUGUGGGUUUUGUUCCUUUUAAAUCUGUUUAAUUUUAGAAGAAUCAUGCUUGAAAAAUCAUCCUCUAAUUCAUAGAACCCCUAAUUAUAUAACUCAAGCAAAAUUGAGGCAAAUACCAUUCAAUAAAAUGCGUUCCCUUGGCGGCAUUAUCUGCUACAUUUAUGUGAAACAUUUUUUUUUUUACCAGCUACGCUUAUGACUAAGAGAUUCUUUGUGAAGGAUGGGAGAGAGGGAGGAGGCAGGAAUCAGAGAGGGAGUAGAAGAGCUAUAGAGGCACUGAGGGAGGUAAUCAAAGCCGGGGAUCUUUUAUUUCCCUUUUUUUAUUUUAUUUUUUGGCACAGAGGAGAGCUGCUGUUAUUUGUUCUGCAUUCCCUCCCGAGAAAGUUUUUGCUUUCAGAUGUGCCCGACCAAAUAUGCAACAGAUGUGCUCCCUCUUCCUCUCUCACCAGCUGGAAUAUUGACUUUAUGAUUUAAUUCAUGCAAAGCUCCUAAAACGUCACAUGAGUUGAAAGUAACAAAAUAUGAAUCCAAAUCAAUUCAAUCUGAUUUAACGAUUACUUGGUGAUGUCAUCAUUUAUUUUAUAUCUCAAGUAACCCAACACAGUUUUUCUACCCAGCUCUACCCGUAGCUACCACCUGCCUGCCUCAGCAUGAACUUCUCAGAGCAGAUUUCAUUCCUCUUCAGCUGUAAUGUCAGCCCCAGUGAAACGCCAAAGCUGGACAUCAGCGUCACCAAAAGUGAACCGCUGUCAGUCGCCGUCCCCAUGACCGUCUUUUACAGCCUUGUCUUCUUAUUUGGAGUCGUAUUCAAUGGUGUGAGCAUAUUGACCCUCCUCAUGGAUACUCAUAUGAGAGUCAGCGCCAUUCGUGUCUACCUUCUGAGCCUCGUUAUUUCAGACAUUCUGCAGCUGUUGACCAUCCCAAUCACUGUGUAUCGGUAUUACUGGGAGAGCUAUCCAUGGCGUCUCGGCCAAGCGGUGUGCAAAGUGUACUUUAUGGUCCGCCAGAUGUACUGCGCCACCACAAGCUGGGUUAUUGUGACCUUCACCACGGAGCGUUAUGCAGCAAUAUGCCACACUAUGUGGUCCAUCUCCAGUCUGAAGAAAUCUCGACUGCCAUGCCUCGUCAUUGUGUGGGUCGUUUCCCUGGUCUCAGCAGUGCCAUUUGCACUGGUCUAUGACCAGGCACGCGCCUGCAUCCUGGACUACACCGCGACCACGCAGGAAGACGCCUUUCAGGUCUCCACCAUGUGUGAAAUGACAGAGCCCGACCCGGCACACAUCUACAAAGGAGCCUUACUCCUGAGAGCCGGGCUCUUCUUUCUGGUCCCCCUGGUUUCCAUCUUUACACUCUACAUGCUCAUCCUGCUCCACCUACAGCGAAACGGUCGUCAGAGGAGGAACAUGGGUCUUGUGAGGCCAGAUUUAGAGGGAAGGCGAGAUGUCCAGUGCCACCGGAUUGGAAAGCUACUUUUGAACGAAAAGAAGGCUUUGAAACUGAUGGGUGCAGUUGUGGUCGCCUUUUUCUUCUUCAACUUUCCAGAUAUCGCCUCAUCCCUCAUGCAGGUCUACGUGGUGGUGUGGUCCGACACGGUCCUUUCCGUCUACACUGUCCUGAAAUCAUAUCUGUCCCUUCCACUGUGGUACAUAAACGGCGCUCUGGACCCGCUUCUGUUCUGUAUUUCGUCCCACACGUUCCGCAGGGCGUGCUGGAGAACGUUGAGAAAGCUCAGACCCCGCUGCUACUGGAGGCACCGGGGCCUGUCUUGGCGGAGGACGCGAAGUUCCAGCGAGGAUGCGAGCACAACGGCCAGAGAGAAGACCGACGGAAAAUUCUACAAAGCAAAAAGCGAGAAGGGGGGACGACUCUGAAGGAGAGCAGGCAAAGGGCUGGGGAAGGUCUUUUCAGUGCAGGCUGCAACAAAAAGCACUCCCAACCAUAUGCUUUAGUCUUUCAUGCUCUUAGAGACAAAGUAUGUGAUUUUCUGCUUUCUGCCACUUCCUUUUGUUCAUGUGAUACAAUGUCAGAGUGUUGCUAAUGUAAAAAAAAAAAACAUUUGAUUCCAGUUACGACUUGAAAACGCUGGAAAAAUGCUUUCAGUGCUUUCAGCGUCAUGUAAUUUUCUUGAAAGACCUUGUUUUAUGAUGUUUUACAAAAAAAAAAAAAAAAAGUUUUUGGUUACAUGUCAAAGUAACUGUGUGCUAAUGGUAAAAAAUGUGAAUCUUAUUCUAAAUGUACCAUUAAGAAUAGUUGCACAACAAUUACCGUCAACGUUGUUUAUCAACCAACUGUUAGUGUAUAUUUUCAAGUAUAUGUUGUUAUGGGUUAUUACUGGAGUCUAUUGCUGAGAUGUUUGUUACGUGUAUCCUUCAGCGUCAUAAAGAAACAAGAACAAGAAAUUAUAGAUAUAUAUUAAAAUGAAACAUAUCUUUUUUUUGUGUCUUGAAUUAUUCUUUAACUGAGUUAACUCCCAUCCUGGCAUUUUUAGCCCCCGCCUAACCAUAACAUCUCUUAAUAUGUAGAAUUUGAUUACAAAGUUACCAAUUUAAGAUAUUUUCAGAAUCUUGCUGUGUAUUUUGCUUUUGCCAAUAAUGUAGAUGUUUUUUUCCAUCAAUAGCGCACAUCUACAUUCUGUUAAAAACAAAACGCCAACAAAAUUAUAUCGAAAAAUAUCAGGGUUAUGAGCUUUUUAUUCCCUACAGUUUUAUUUUUAGUGAGGCAAAGUUCACACAGACAGCUUGAUUUUGAUUGCUACCAUUGUGAGAUGAUGAGGCAUGUUUUUGAUUCGCUGCCCCCUCUAGGGAGCAAAGGGGGGGAGCAAUUCAUACAAAUGAAUGAUUACUUGUCCAUUUUUAAUAUAUAUUUUCUGCUCUC